CCUUAUCUGGCCCCCGGGGCCGCGGCCAGCGCGCUGGGGGCCGCGCGAUGUCGCACGGAGCGGGGCUCGUCCGCACCACGUGCAGCAGCGGCAGCGCGCUCGGACCCGGGGCCGGCGCGGGCCAGCUGGGGUGCGCCGGCCCCUCGGAGGGGCUGCUGGACCAGGGCUACCCCCGCACCCUCGCGGCCCUGCUCAAAGUGGCGCAGAUGGUCACUCUGCUCAUUGCCUUCCUGUGUGUGCGGAGCUCCCCCGGGACCCACUACAGUGCCUACAAUUUCUUUGAAGUGGUCACCAUGUGCGACUUGAUCAUGAUACUGGCCUUCUACCUGGUCUACCUCUUCCGCUUCCACCGAGUGCUCACCUGUAUCAGCUGGCCCCUGUCGGAACUCCUGCACUAUUUAAUUGGCACCCUGCUCCUCCUCAUCGCCUGCAUCGUGGUCGCCUCCAGGAGGGACAGCUACAGCAGCCUGGUGGCUGGAACGAUCCAGCUGUCUGACAAGGCCACAAGUCCCCGCACCGGGGGCUCUGCAGCACGGGCGGCCAGCAGCCAGGAGGACUGGCGGCCCCAGGCAAGACUUCUGGACAGUUCCUGUGCUCAACUAUCAGCCGGGCCGGCAGGUGCCAGGGAGCUGGGCCUGCAGCUUCCUCCUCCGCUGGCCAGAGCCACUGGAGAACAUUGCCAUGGAAAUCCACUGUCCUCACUCCCACCUCGGAGUGCCAACAGCACAGGGAUCCUGAGGCAUCCCACAGGCCCCUGGUCCCUCCGGCUGGACCCCAGGCCUGAACUCACCUGGGCCAGGAGUGAGGUGUGCAGCGUGGCCUGCCUACCCACACGAAGACCUCUCAUCUCCUUUCCUUGUCUCUGUAUUUGUGGACUUGAUGUGUUUUUCAUUGUGUUUUUUGUUAGUCUGUUUUUUUAAAUAAAAUACUGACUUGGCCCACGGCAGAAGAUUUCUUA